UUUGACGUCAAAAUUUUGUAAGAGCAUCGCCACGGGCGUCCCUAUCUGGGUCCCUAUCCCUAUUUCCGGGCCCUGAAUAGGGACCCAUGUUCACACCGGUGGUAUCUAAACGGGAAUGAAAAAUAAGGACGCGACAUGGGAUUAGCGAUGGGUUUCCACAUUUGGGGACCCACUCAAAUCUUGCACUGAGUUGCUAUUCCGAUGGUUUGUGUGACGUCACUUUCUUUAUUUACAUUUUGCGGUGAAGUGAGCUGAGUAGUGGUGUGGAAAAUGAACAGCAGUGGAUAAAUAGAGCAAGAGGUGAAUAUUGAUGUACUUUGUCUUACGUGACUAGAUGUUUUCCAGAACCCUAUCACAAACAAACAGACGCAGCACUAAUAAUUCCCACGUACACCGAUUCACGUUUAUUUAAAAAUUUAAUAGUUGGCCAAUUGCCCAUCUGUGGCGUUCGCAGCGUUUUUGUUCAAAUUUUACAUGCGCUCACAAUUGUCACCUAGUUUAUGAUUGGCCACUCUAUUGGCCAAACUCAAUCCUUCUAGAUUGGGUGAAUAUGUUUCGGCGACUAUGAUUUUGAAUAGCAAACGUAACACUUGAAAGAAAUUGCUAUUAAAAUCAUCGUCAUGUGAACAUAAUCCCCAAUGCCAAACACGCUAUUUCACAAAACGCUCAGUAGGUGCCGAUAGUGAGCGAACGUCAAGCGGCAGCAAAAAUUAUGUGAGCGCCGUCUGCGAACAAUUUGCAAACUACAGAAUAUUUGGUUUAAAUAUUCUUUAAAAAAUAAAACGAUAAGAGAUGACUAGAGGGAGACCGGAGACGUCUGCUUGUUUGUGACGAAAUGUUAGAAGUGUUACGUGUGCUUGUCUGUGACCCUUUAUGCCUUUGUCACUUUAUGCAGGAUUCAUCAAAAGUUUGGACAUAUUUAAUUUGUUUUAAUUUGUACUACGUCCAAUAAAAAGUAAGGACCGCUUUUAGCAACGCACGGUGGAAAAUCAAUAUGUUUUUGAAGUCCCUAAUCCCAAAAUAGAAACCACUGGUGGGAAGGUGGGGUGCUAUCCUAAAAUAGCACCCGAAAAGGAGUGGUAUAAUAGGGAUAGCGAUGAGGACUCCCGUGGCGGUGCUCUAAAUAAUGUAAAAAUUGUUUUUGUAACUUUAUCAUCAUCGUCGCAUCGAAAUCUAGUGCUUAUCGCCGUCAGUAGCAGCAAACAAUAGUAAACUUACGUUUUCUCUUGUAAAUUUCUUAUAGCCCAAUCAUGGAAGAGCAAGUAGAUCAGAUUUUGGAUAAAGUAAUGGCCACUCCUGGAAAUCUUGGCUGUCUCUUGGCGAACAAUCAGGGACUUUGCAUUGGCGCCAGAGGGAAUGCAUCGAAAAAGUCAGCCGGGAUAAUCGUCGCAAUUUCUGAGCAAGCAUCCCAGUUGGAUCCCAAUUGCAAUGCCCCGGUCGUGUCAUUGGAAGUCGGAGAUAAAUUGUGCAUAAUUCAUAAGAAUGGCGUGACUGGAGCUGUGUACAAGCAAAAAUAAAUCGUUAUGGGUAUAGUUCAUA